ACAUAUAUGCCAGAUGCUUUACUGCAAACUGUGAAGAUACAGACAUGAUGAAGUUUGUGGUUCUCGCUCUGUUUGUUGCUGGCACUUACGGGUGCGGCGUGCCCACCUUCACCCCUGUGGUCACCAGGGUGGUUGGAGGAGAGGAUGCCAGACCUAAUAGCUGGCCCUGGCAGAUUUCUCUGCAGUACAACAGAGAGGGUGAGUGGAGACACACCUGUGGAGGUACUCUGAUCUCUGACCAGUGGGUCCUCACUGCUGCUCACUGCAUCAGCAGUGGCAAGGAGUACAGAGUGGCCAUGGGAAAGCACAACCUCAUAGAGACAGAGGAGGGUGCUGUGUUCAUGGGUACUGCUAACAUCAUUGUGCAUGAGAAGUGGAAUUCCUUCUUCAUUCGCAAUGACAUUGCUCUGAUCAAGCUGGAGUCCCCUGUCACUUUCUCUGACACCAUCAUGGCUGCUUGUGUCCCUGAAGCUGGCUUCAUCCUCCCCCAUGAUGAGCCCUGCUAUGUCACUGGAUGGGGUCGCAUGAAAACUGGAGGUCCCAUCGCUGACAUCCUGCAGCAAGCUCUCCUGCCUGUGGUGGACCAUGCUACCUGCACAUUGCCUGACUGGUGGGGUUCUCAGGUGAAGGAAACCAUGGUCUGUGCAGGUGGAGAUGGAGUUGUGUCUGGUUGCAAUGGAGACUCUGGUGGCCCUCUGAACUGCCAGAACGCUGAUGGUGCCUGGGAGGUUCAUGGCAUUGUCAGCUUUGGCUCCGGCCUGAGCUGCAACUUCCCCAAGAAGCCCACUGUCUUCACCCGAGUUACGUCCUACGUCGACUGGAUUGGCUCUACAAUGGUAGCCUAUUGAGACGACUAUCUGUUUGGAUCAACAUCGUGUGUGUGCAUAAAAUAAAUAUGCAACUCUAAAUGAAA